AUGGUUUCUGGAAGACUAAUCGUAGUGUUGGCUUUAGCUAGUGUCAUUGCUCCAACUAAUGGACAGAGCUUGUUGUCUUUAUUGCCUCCUCAACUUCAAUGUAUGUUAAUUUUAGUAUAAUAUAUACUUGGCACUACUUUUUAUAUCAGUAAGAUAACAUACUAUAAUAAAAUUUUAAAAUUAUUCAUUUUUCGCUCAAAUGACCUAAGGAAAAAAAUAAAUCUAAAUCUGAAAAAACCCUACUACACAUCUCUUGAAAAUAUCAAGAUCUUCAAUGUAAAAUAGUCACGGUAAUAAAAUUGUUUAGCUUUGUUGCCAUCGUCGGCCCUUCCCCCGCUUGCUCAAUUGACUCCCAAGGACAUACAAGUUGUUCAAGCAAUUGCUCAACAAUUUCCAAGCUUCAGCUCCAUCCAACAACUUCUUCAAACUUUAGAACUUAACAGCCCAGCUUUGGCCUCUUUGUUGGACCAAGCUAUUGCUCAAGGAAAAACUCUAUUAGCCGAAACUGAAGCCAUGUUGACUCCGCAGACUCAACAAUUCCUACAACAAGUAAGAAUACCUUUAAUUAAAUCAUUAAAAAACAAAAAAUAUGUGAAAAAUCAUCAUAUUUAAUCUUACUGUUUUUAUAAUUUUAUUACGACGUAUUAUAGUUACUCGGUAUUGGACAAAGCGCCGCCCAACAAGGACUUCAACUUGCUCAAUCGCAGCCUCCAGCCGUUACAGCUAAUUUGCAAUCCACCUUCCCCAACCUUGCUUCUUUGGCUUCUAGUAAGUAAUAUUCCUAAGUUUGCUAUUUUAACAGACACGUCAACUUUUAAAAAUGCUAGCUAACACUCUGAAAAAUUAAAAAUGAGACAUUUCAGCCCCAGUUGCUCAACAAACCCUUCCGCUGUUGUUGCCUUCCUAA